AUGCAGUCACUUAGUCAGGCUUUCAUCAAUGAAAACGCCACAAGCAACACCGGCAGCAGUAUCCUUGAGUCAAACAUCUACGCCAGUAGACACCAGACAGCGUGUGUCAAUCUUACGGAAGAACUGUCUUCCGAAGCCAAGAAGCGCAACGCACAGGAUGGGGAUAGCUGUAGAGACGACGAUGGAAACCUUUUGAGCAGUGGAUUACAGGGAGGAUUCCAGUAUCUGGAAGUCGCGCACAUCAUCCCUCACAAUUUGGCAAUGGCGCAGGAAGAGUCAGAGUUGAGUGAGGCAAGGAUGAAUGUGUUUCGGAUACUGGAUAUGUUUGAUCCUGGGCUCAGUCACCUUCUUGAUGGACCAAAUAUCGACAGACCUUUCAAUGCUCUUACACUGACCAACCAUUAUCAUCGACUGUUUGUUGAGUUCCAAAUCUAUUUCGAACCCACAGGAAGGCCACAUGAAUAUAAGAUCGACUCGUCUGAAACUUCAUUCCUGCGCGACCCGCUCUUCCCCGUCACUCGUACUCCGAGCCUUAGUCCUAAUGGGAGGAUUGAGCCACCAGACGCCAGACUUCUCCGUGUCCACUGCGCCAUUGCACAUAUUCUGAAACUUAGCGGGGCCGGCGAUUACAUUGAGAAAGUCCUGCGUGACUUGGAGGAAGUGGAUAUUAAAGCUGAUGGCUCGACAAAUCUAGGUUUUAUGAUGGGUUUGCGACUCAACGGACAGGCGGUAGAAAACGAUGAUACGCGCUCAAUCUCACCGAUAUUCUCCGGCCCAACAUUCUGUUCGCAUUUAUCUACUAUCAUAAGGACAGUUGGAACUCGCAAUGUAGCCCAGCCCAGCACCGUCAUGGCCAUCUUAGUGGAAGAUGUCACCAAAGUACCCUUCUACAAUUUCCAUGACCCUAUUCCAUCACCACCACCACCCUCCUUAACACGUAAACUGCCAACUUUCAAAACAACACUCCCUAGUCUUUACUCAUCUACUGUACUCCUAGAAUAUCCAGAGCAAGCUGCAGUUCCAGCUCCAACAGAACUACCACCACCACCACCACCAAAAGCAAACCUCUUCUUAACUCUCCCCCCGGAACUCCGCCUCCUCAUCUACACCCACCUCUUAACCAACCAUCACCACCAUCACCACCACCGCCGAACCCUCUCCGCUGCCAACAACAUCGCCAACAACCGACCACAACUCUCAACCCAGAACCAAAUACACCUCUACAACCCACACCACAACAAAACCAACAACCUCCACCCCUCAAUUCUCCUAACCUGCAAACAAAUCCACGCCGAAGCCCUCCCCAUCCUCUACACCCAAAUCACCUUCUCAACAACCCACCCAACCCACCUCCACCACCACCUCACUUCCAUCGGACCGCUCAACACCUCCCUCCUCCGCUCCCUCCACAUCUUCGUUCCCUGGAGUAACUCCAGCUCCACCAUCUGGUCGUGGAUCGUCCUCCUCCACAACCUAUCCGAGCACGCGACCGGUCUAAGAUAUCUGGAAAUAGGAUGGGACACGAACAUUCCUUGGCUCACGCACAUGGAACCAGGCGAUGAGGCGAGAGGUCUCGGGGAUAAUAUUCUCUUUGUGCAUGCGUUGGCUAGGCUGAGGCAGUUGCGGAGGUUGAGGAUUUAUGGGUUCUUUGGGGUGGAGUGGCCGGGGUAUUUGAGGAGGGAGUUGGGUGCGGGUGGGACGGUCGUGGAGGUUGAGUGUGGGUUGGUUAGGUCGGUGAUGAUGGAGGGGAGAGAUGAGGUGGGUAGUGGUAGGGGGCCUUUGGAGAAGGAGGAGAAUUUGAAGGCUUUUGGGCUGUUUCAGAGGGGGACGGUGGGGGUUGUUCCAUAG